ACUAUAAUUUUUUACUUUCUUUUAUUCGUUAACUAAUUGUAGUUGCAGAUUUUGAUCCAAACUGCCUAAUUGAUCUACUACAACAUAUAUGGUUUCACUUCAUAGUUAUAUUUGAGCUAUAUCGUAUGAUUGAUAAUUUUCAUUCCAACCUGCACCACGAUCGUGCACCUCUAGUUCGGCUGCGCUAGUGCGCAUGAAUGACCUUGCGACAAGGUGACCGAAGCAGUAUCGUACGAAACAACCAAGUCGAGCGGUUAGCUCCAUUCUCGGUUCACUAGUGGUGUUGAGCGGACCGCAGUUACACUUGCUGUUUCCUGGUUGAUUUCAAAUCGCAGGCCUGUUCCAGUGUUUCCUACUAGCUGUUUUGGAUCUUAAUAUUUGCGCCCAAGUGCUUUGAGAGAGUUGCGAAAUGUCGAAACCGCAGUCAGAUGUGGAUAAAAGGAAACAGAUCAGUGUGCGAGGCAUCGCCCAGCUGGAGGAUGUGAACGAAAUCAAGAAGGACUUCAAUCGGCAUCUUCACUACACUUUAGUUAAGGACAGAAAUGUGGCCACCGUACGUGACUACUAUUUCGCCCUCGCCCACACCGUGAAGGAUCAUCUGGUGUCGCGAUGGAUUCGAACUCAGCAGUACUACUACGAAAAGGACCCCAAGCGCGUGUACUAUUUGUCCUUGGAGUACUACAUGGGCCGAUCGCUGCAAAAUACUAUGAUCAACUUGGGCAUCCAGACGGCAUGCGAUGAAGCCAUGUAUCAGAUUGGAUUGGAUAUUGAGGAGCUGGAAGAGAUGGAGGAGGAUGCCGGUCUUGGUAAUGGUGGAUUGGGUCGCCUGGCAGCCUGUUUCCUGGAUUCAAUGGCUACUCUUGGAAUGCCUGCUUACGGAUAUGGCAUUCGUUACGAGUACGGUAUCUUUGCUCAGAAAAUUCGCAAUGGCGAGCAGGUGGAAGAACCCGAUGACUGGCUACGUUAUGGUAAUCCGUGGGAAAAAGCACGUCCAGAGUACAUGAUCCCGAUUCAUUUCUAUGGCCGCGUGAUUGAUACACCGGAAGGCAAGAAGUGGGUCGAUACGCAGACUGUGUUUGCCAUGCCAUACGAUAAUCCAGUGCCGGGAUAUGGCAACAUCGUAGUAAACACACUGCGUCUAUGGUCUGCCAAGUCACCGAUUGACUUUAAUCUGAAAUUUUUCAAUGAUGGUGACUACAUCCAGGCUGUGUUGGAUCGUAAUCUUGCGGAGAAUAUUUCUCGCGUUCUCUAUCCAAAUGAUAACUUCUUCGAGGGUAAGGAAUUACGUCUAAAGCAAGAGUACUUCAUGUGCGCAGCCACGCUGCAGGACAUCGUGCGUCGCUACAAGGCCUCUAAGUUUGGAUCACGUGAUGCUGUUCGCACGUCGUUUGAUGACUUCCCGAACAAGGUUGCAAUCCAGCUCAACGACACACAUCCGUCACUUGCCAUUCCGGAGCUGAUGCGCAUCCUAAUCGACGAUGAAAAGCUUAGCUGGGAGAAGGCUUGGGACAUUGUGGUGCGCACAUGCGCCUACACCAAUCAUACCGUCUUGCCGGAGGCAUUAGAACGCUGGCCAGUAUCAAUGUUGCAGUCGAUCCUGCCGCGUCAUCUGGAAAUCAUUUAUCAUAUUAACUUUUUGCAUUUACAAGAAGUUGAAAAGCGCUUCCCCGGUGAUUUUGGCCGCAUGCGAUCCCUUUCACUUGUUGAGGAAGACGGCGAGAAGCGCAUCAAUAUGGCGAACCUGUCGAUUGUAGGCUCACACGCCGUUAAUGGCGUUGCCGCCAUCCACUCGGAGAUCAUUAAGAAGGACAUCUUCAAGAGCUUCUUCGAGAUGACACCGGAGAAGUUUCAGAACAAAACGAAUGGCAUCACGCCCCGUCGUUGGUUGCUGCUGUGCAAUCCCGGUUUGUCCGAUUUAAUCGCGGAGAAGAUCGGCGACGAGUGGCCUGUGCAUCUGGAACAGUUGCAGCAGCUGAAGAAGUGGUCGAAGGACCCCACAUUCCAGCGGGCCGUGGCACGCGUCAAGCAGGAAAAUAAGCUCAAGCUAGCGCAGCUGCUGGAGAAGGACUACGGUGUAAAGGUGAAUCCGGCCUCGAUGUUCGACAUUCAAGUGAAGCGCAUCCACGAGUACAAACGGCAGCUGCUGAAUUGCCUGCACAUCAUCACUCUGUACAAUCGUAUCAAGCGCGAUCCCACCGCCAACUUCACGCCGCGCACGAUCAUGAUCGGAGGCAAGGCAGCCCCGGGCUAUUACAUCGCGAAGCAAAUCAUCAAACUGAUCUGCGCUGUAGGAAAUGUGGUCAAUAAUGAUCCAAUCGUCGGAGACAAGCUGAAGGUUAUCUUCCUCGAGAACUAUCGCGUGACGCUGGCGGAGAAAAUUAUGCCGGCUGCGGAUCUGUCCGAGCAGAUCUCGACCGCCGGCACGGAGGCGUCUGGAACGGGUAACAUGAAGUUCCAGUUGAACGGCGCUCUUACCAUUGGCACGCUAGAUGGAGCCAACGUAGAGAUGGCCGAAGAGAUGGGCAAUGAAAACAUUUUCAUCUUUGGCAUGACCGUUGAAGAAGUAGAGGAUUUGAAGUGUCGUGGCUACAAUGCCUACGAUUACUACAAUUCCAACCCGGACAUCAAGCAGUGCGUUGACCAGAUUCAGGGUGGUUUCUUCAGCCCAGGCAAUCCCCAUGAGUUCCAGGAUCUGGCCAAUGUGUUGUUGAAAUACGACCGCUACUAUCUGUUUGCCGACUUCGAGUCCUACAUCAAAACACAAGAUCGUGUGUCCGCCGUGUAUCAGGAUCAAUCCAAGUGGUUGGAGAUGUCAAUCAAUAACAUCGCCACCAGUGGCAAAUUCUCUAGCGAUCGCACUAUCGCCGAAUACGCUCGCGAAAUCUGGGGUAUUGAGCCUAGCUGGGAGAAACUCCCGAACCCAGGCGUAGCGAAGUAAGUGCAAGGCAGGCAAACAGCUUGAGCACAUUCGAUGACUACACGAUGUCAACGAAGUUUAUUUUGCCACUGCCGGUACAUGCACACUACACCGACAUCGAUGCCGUAGCCGGUGGAGAAAGUAAUGUUGAAACUAUGUUCGCUUUGAGAUUAGCCUGGGACAUACUCUCAUCUUGGGUGCCAUCGAUACUAUAACUAACAACAAAGUAAUAAAAAUCACAAAUAUUAUGUUAAAAAUGGGGAUUUAGUUCUAUAGCACACAUUGUAACCAUGGAUCGUUUAGUGUUAUUAGUUUCUUAUAUUUUCUUUUGCAAUCGUCCGUUAUAUUCAUCAUGUUACUAUCGAUAAUAUAAAAUGUUGGCAAAAAACGAAUAAGUUGUUUCAAAUGAGGCCGAAAAUGUUCCGUUUGUCGGCUGCGAAAAAAACAGAGAAUCGGUGAGCGAUAA